AUGUUUUCGUUCCGGGCGGUCAGUCGAGGAGCAGCAGGCCUGCGGGCCUUCUCUACAGCUCGUAAAAUGCAAGCCGAGCUGGCGUACCAGGUGUUCGGACCGGAAAACGGUGAAGCUGUCCGAAAGCCCAUUCUGAUCCUGCACGGUCUGUUUGGGUCAAAACAAAACAACAGAAGUAUUGGAAAGGCAUUGGCGCGGGAUCUCAAAUGCCAAAUCUUCGCCCUGGAUCUGCGGAAUCAUGGCCAGUCCUUCCAUGCACAGGAGCACAACUAUAGUGUCAUGGCCGAAGAUAUCCAGGAGUUCAUUGAUCAGCAGAAGCUAGACAAAUGCGUCUUGAUUGGCCACUCCAUGGGCGCCAAGGCCGCCAUGGCGGUAGCUCUCCGCUCACCAGAACGUGUCUCAGCUCUUAUCCCGGUAGACAAUGCGCCGGUGAACGCGGCUCUGAAAAGCGACUUCCCGAAAUAUGUCAGGGGUAUGCAGAAAGUAGAGGCGGAGAAGGUCUCCAAGCAAUCGGAUGCCAGCAAGAUUCUCGAAGAUUACGAAGAGUCCCUUCCUAUUCGCCAAUUCCUUCUUACAAACCUCGUCAGAUCAGAGGAGGAUAAUACUCUGAAGUUCCGUGUCCCGCUUUCGGUCAUCGGCCGCUCGCUGGACAACAUGGCUGAUUUCCCAUUCAAAGAAUCGGAUAAUCUACAAUAUAACGGGCCCACGCUGUUUGUCCGUGGUACCAAGUCCGGAUAUGUGUCGGAUGAUACAGUGCCGGCGAUAAAGAAGUUCUUCCCUAACGCCAAGAUCGCCGACGUUGAGGCGGGUCACUGGCUGAUUUCCGAGAACCCAGAAGCUUUCCGACAAGCCGUGGUGAAAUUCCUGGAAUGA